CUGAGGGUGAUAUUACUGUUUACUUCUCAGCUACUGAUAAACGCAUUGUUUAAGUGAAAAAGUGCGAGUAUUUUCUUGAAAUUUGUAGUGCACCUAAGUCUAUGUGAUUUGUGGUAUGUACUCUUAAAUUCGAUUUGAUUGCCGUGUGCAGUGUGAUGUUCUUUUAAUAGCACCACCAGUGAAUUUCUGAGUAAAAUAUCCAAGCAAAAACCACUCCACGCUGUCUAGUUGUUUUUCGACUCAGCGGCGUGCGCUCAGUUCCAAUGGUUGAGGUAGCAGUAUGUCUGGUAAAAAUAAGCAACCAGACAUAGACAUGCGAUGCGAGGCUUGUGAAGAGGAUAUCCGUAAAGGCAGUGCAAAGAUAAAAUGUUGUAAUCUAAAUUGUGAAGUUACCCUACAUCAGAAAUGCUUCCUAUCGAUUGCCAAAGUUAUAAAACUAGAAAAAUCCGACUGGCUGUGCAAGAACUGCGAUGAAGAUAGUCACACAUCAACCACAACCGUGAUAUCGAAUAGCGAUGGAGAUGUAAUUAAGGAGCUUGCUAAAGUGAAGAGUGAUGUUCGGCUACUAACUGAUCUUGUGAAUGAGUUAAAAUCUACUAACAAAAUUUUGCUCAAUAAAAUUGAACAAAUUACAUCCAGCAGGUUUCCCGAUGUACAAAUACAGCAGAAUACUGAACUUCCCGUACCUUAUAGUCAGGUUGUGUAAAAAACUGUAAGCAAUCAUUCCAAGUCUGUUUUAAUUAUUACGUCAAAAAAACUCCGAGGUUUUAAAUACUGUUAAAGCGAAUGUUAACCCUGCUGCCGAGAAAAUAAGUAUCAAUGGUGUUAAGCUUAUAAAAAAUGGAAUGUUGAUUACUUGCUCUAACGAAGAAUCUUUAGAAAAACUUAAGGGUGUAGUUCAGAAUAAGUUUAACAGUAAGUAUAAAGUAACAACUCCCAAACCCUUUAAACCCCGUCUCUUGAUUACUGAUGUUGAUAAAUCACUAGAUGACAGAAACACUUUCCUCGAAUCAAUAGUCCAAAAUAAUGAUUACUUGGCUGAUUGUGAUAUAAAGGUGAUAUCUGUUCUAAAGUUAAAAUAUUCGUUGAGUUAUAUAGUAGAGGUUGAUCCUGAUGUGAGGAAAAUCAUAAUUACUCGUGGCUUUUUGUAUACCUCUUGGAAAAAGUGUUUUGUCCGUGACCAUAUUUCAGUAAUUAGGUGCUUUAGCUGCUCUCGAUUCGGUCAUGUGAAAAAAGAUUGCAAAAAUAAGUCUGUGUGCUCGUUAUGUUCUAAUGACCAUGAUGAGAAAGAUUGUAACUCUGUUAGUAAGAAAUGUGUGAAUUGCUGUGUAUAUAAUAAUUAUAUGAAAAGUCAUUCUAGAGAUUUUAAGCCAUAUUCAGUCGAUCAUGCUGCAUCAGACAGACAAUGUCCAUGUUUUUUAAAGAAAUCUGCUGAAUUAAAAUCUAGAAUUGACUAUGGCUAGGCUUAAUA